AUCAUUUGAAUGAUAAUCAAAAUGUUGAAUUAUCAUCCACCGUGAUAAACAGAAAGUCUUUCGAAAAUUCUCAUUUGUAUAUUACAAAUGAUUCAAUUAUUUUAUCAAUCGUUGAUAAAACAUUAUCAAAACACAUUGACAAAUGGCGUCGUUUUAAUCAACAAAAUAAUGAUGAUGAUAAAAAUACCGAUAAAUGGAUAUUAAUUCAAUCAGAUCCCAAACCAUCGGAUAUUAUUCAAGGUCUUUUAGGAAAUUGUUGGCUAUUAUCGGCAUUAACAUUGAUUGUUCAACAUAAAUAUUUACUCAAUAAUAUAAUUCAAACAACUUCAUCCGAAUUUGAACAAUAUUCUCAUUGUCAUAUACGAUUAUUUUUAAAUGGUCGAUGGCAUUCAAUUAUUGUUGAUGAUUGGCUUCCUUGUGAUCGUUAUGGUCAUUUAGUUUUUUCCGAAACAAAACGAAAUCAAUUAUUUGUUCCGUUAAUUGAAAAAGCAAUGGCUAAACAAUUAGGUGGAUAUCAUCGAUUAAUAGGUGGCCAUACUAGUCUUGGUUUAACUUCAUUAACCGGUUAUCCUUGUCAAGUAUUCUCAUUACCCUAUACUAAUCAUCAAUCGGAUUCAUUAUUGAUUACGGAAUUUUGGCUCAAAAUACUCAGCUUUUAUUCAACAGGAUUCUUGAUGACAGCAUCUUGUGGUCGUAAUGGUUAUGAUAACCAACAGCAACAAAAACGUUAUCAACAAGAAGAACAAUACAAACAAUUAGGUUUGUUAUUGAAUCAUGCCUAUUCAAUUCUCAACAUUGUUUCAAUUGGAAAUCUACGUUUAGUCAAAUUACGAAAUCCUUGGGGAACAAUUGUAUGGAAUGGUGAUUGGUCCGAAAAUAGUUCAUUAUGGACAACAAAAUUAGUUAAUCGAUUGAAAACAAAAGGUUGCGCUGAAGAUGGUAUAUUUUGGAUAUCGUUCGAUGAUCUAUGUCAAUAUUUUCAAGAUUUAGUAGUUUGCAAAACAUUACCACAUUGGUAUCAAUAUUCAUUUGAUUGUGAUUUUGCCUUAUCAUUUGAAGAUCAUGUUGGUCAAGUAUUCGAGAUUAUCGUCGAAAGUGAUGAAAUUUCUUCUCAUUCACAAGUGAUGUGUUCAUUUUAUACAACAAAACAAGGAAAUCAUCAUCAAAAUGUUUCAUCCUCCUUAAUUCUUAUAUAUGAAUUGUUGGCUAAUCAAACUAGUCAUGUGCUUGGUCCAUUUGUUUCAGCUUCGGUUGGAACGAUGCAUUCAUCAAUCACAUGUGAAACUGAACUUCAACAAGGUCGACGCUAUUUAUUAGCUGCAUUUGCUUUCGAUGGAAAUUCAACAUUCAAUUCCAACAAUGUACUACGAAUUCAUUCAUCACGACCACUUCGAUUUAGAAUGUUCGAACCGAAUUCCGCUCUUAGAGGUGAUUUAAUAAUUCACUAUGUUCUAGCUUGUGGUCGGCCAUAUGAGAAAGGACAAAUUGUUACAUAUCAUUUGAAUCGAAAAUUUCCCGGAUUAGUAUCAUUGGUCGAAAAUCGACAUACACAGCAAUGGAUACAAGUUUCGAUGAAAGCAAGAUGGAAAAAUAAAUCAUCAUCAUCAUCGAAUGAUGAAGAAUUAACAAACGAUCAUCAUGUACUUGAAGGUCGUCCUACAACAAGUAUGGAAAAAUCUGCUAAUGAUUGCUUGUCAUCAGUCCGAAUUUCACCUUUAAAACUCUCAAACUAUACGGAUUCAAUGAUGACAACAAGUCGAGGAUCAUUACAAACUGAUGAUCUAAUUCCACCUGGUCAUUGUCAAUUAAUAAACAUGAUUGUAGAUUGUCGACCAUUAGCUCAAAACGAUAAACAUAUCUCGAUUGCAAUGAAUUUUAAAUUUCGGUCACUUUUUUUCGAUGGUUGUAAACUCGCAGAUUAUAUGGCAAUCUGGCAUGAACCAGAUAUAGGAUUGACAUAUGGUCUUCACAGUGCUCGUCCUAUUAUUAUCAACAAAAUAACUAAUUAAUAGUCAAAUUUGUGUAAAUUUAAUUUGUUUUUUAAUUAAUUAAAUAAAAGGA